UGGCAAUCAAUGAGACAAUAUGAGGAGGGAAGUCUUUUGAAAUUUGAAUUCCUUCUGGCUUCAGCUGGCUCAGGAGCAAAGCCCCCAAGGCCCCAAAGUGGUUCAGUUUGCUUCAAUGGAGCUACUCUGGAACAAGUGGUUUAGGGCUUUUAAUUGUUCCUUUAGAAAGUACUUGGCAUUUGCCAUAAAAGGGAGCAUUAGCUUGAAAUUAGUAACAAGUGUGACAAUUUGAAACAUUUGUAGGAAUCAGUAUAUCUGUUCUCACUGGGGGUUUAAGAGGUAUAGGACAGAACAAGACAGAAGUCAGCAAGAUGAAGGAGAGGGAGAUUAGUACCAAGGAAAGGCUUGUUAAAGUUUGUUUGUGGUUGACGAUCUUAUUCUACUGGAUUUCAGGAGUUCUGCUGAUGUGUUUCGGUGUCUCUGCUCAAAUGAAACUCCAUGAUGCUCUGGUAGUGGUGAAUGAAGCUAUUUCGGGAGUUUCUGUGACUGUCACAGUGGUUGGCACAAUCAUUGUCCUUGUUUCUACCUUUGGGGCAAUUGCUCUACUGAAAUACAGCUCUAAAAUGUUAAAACUGUUCACAGGCAUGUUGCUGGCAGUCUUGCUCACUGAACUCAUAGUUGGUGCUUCUGCCUACACUUACAGAAAGAAGUUGCAUCAAACUUUAUUGAGAGGUUUCUUGAAGACCUUGGACAAGUAUGAUGAAGAACUGCAGAUCAGUAAAGGGGUGGACAGCCUACAGAGACAGUUCCAGUGCUGUGGUGCUACAAACUAUACAGACUGGUUGAAUACUACAUUUGGAUCUCUCUCUUCAUCUGUCCCAACAAGCUGCUGCAAGGUAUCAGUGGAAAGCUGUGUUACAGAUCUGGACAAAGAUGCAAUGGACAUCAACCAGCAGGGUUGUGUUCUAAAACUGAAGAAGUGGGUUGAAGAACACAUUGCUGCCAUUGAAGGGAUUGGGAUUUUCAUAGGACUUGUACAGAUAACUGGGAUCUUGUUCUGCUUUCUGCUGCUGGGAAUACUAAAAGAAACCUAUGCAAGUCUUGAAUGAAUUUAAAAAGUGGAUGUGAAUUUUACAGCUGUAAUCAGAAAGUGAAAUGCACUGUCCUCUUGCUCUGCUGAUUAUGUUGCAUAAAUAAACAUGCUGCACUAAUGAAUGACUUGCAUUCAUGAAAGACACAGACCAGAGAUGCCCUGCUUACAGAAGAAAGUGAGGGGUGGUGGUGGUGGUAACUUCAGUGUACCAAUCCUUUAGUUACUAAAUUGCCAUUUACUUUUUUAAGCAUUUACAGGAUCAGAUUAAAUGUGACACUAAGCCCUGA